CGCGAAAGCAUGGCCGCGAAUGGGAGGAAAACUUGGAACAGAAGAGGAGAAGAGUUUCAGUUUGGGCUUCCCAAGACGAAGAGGAGGCAGCCAGGCGGAACAGUGAGGAGUACAGCAGAGCUGCACCUCACCCAUCUCGCCCACUGAUUAUGUCAGGCAUGAGCAAAGCCGUUUGUCUGGCUGGAUCUUUCCUUCCGGUCGACUUUUUAAUCGCGACAUCUCCAGUGAAAAGGCCGGGCCAUUGCCAUCCUAUCCAACUGUGGCAUUGAUCGUCUCCAGCGAUGGAAGUGGAUGAGCUGCUCAAGAAGAUACGGCUGCUGGAGGAGGGUCAGGCCGAGCUCAAGCGGGAGAUAGGCAAGCUCAUGCUGGACCGCCGCGACGCGCAGUCCGUGGCCGUGGGGAGAGCUUUCCGCGCGCUGCCGCCGCAGCCCUUGUCGUCGCGGCAGGUCGUCGCCCACGGCAGGUUCUCCGACAGUCACUGCCACUGGAUACUGCAGUCGCUGGGGCUGGCCGUGCACAUCAUUGCCCCCGACGGGAAGCUCCUGUACUGGAACCGGUAUGCUGAGCAUAUGUAUGGCUAUUCUGCAUCAGAAGCAGUUGGUCGGAAUGCCGUUGAAUUAAUUGUUCAUCCUAGUGACUUUUAUGCAGCAAACAACCUCAUCCAGACUAUAUUUACAGGCAAGUGUUGGAGAGGGAAGUUUCCUGUUAAGAAAAAGUCAGGAGAGAGGUUUUUUAUGUUUAUCCAUAACACUCCUUUAUACGAUGACGAUGGUAGCUUGGUGGGCCUCAUUGGUCUGUCGCAUGAUAUACGGACAUUAGAGGACAUAUUUAGUCCCUCAGGCUCUGCGGAAUCCUAUCCAAUUCCGAGUACAGCAAAGCCCAAGUUUCAUGCUAACAGCCGGCCUAAAAGUGGUUCGCUGAACAUAGGUUGUCUUCAUUCCCAGCAACCUCUUCAAUCUGCUACUACCUCCAAGAUAGUAACUUUGGUUACCAGUGUUACAAGUAGAGUUCGUUCUCGGAUAUGGACAGGCCAGAAUAGCGAUAAACAGUAUGGUAGUGGAUCGUGCCAGGUUGAGCUGGCAUCAAGUGAAGAAAACACCCCAAGUGGGGAUGUAGUGCAUCGUGCCUUUGUGGCCAAAGAGAAAUCCACUGGCAAGUUGUGCAAAACAAGUAGUGAUGAUUCAGGAGAGGGAAAAGUAGGAUUUCACAAGAUCUUUAAUUCAAAGGCUGAGGCAUUAUUGGCCAAGAAGGGCAUAUCAUGGCCUUGGAAACGACAUGAAGUUGAUGGGGAUUCUGGAAAGAAUAACAUGAACUCAACACAGUUGCAUGAUAAGCAAGAGAAUGAAGAGAGUCAUCAGAGAGUUACAGUUCUAGAGCCUAUCAUAAUUCCAGACUGCCAAAACAGCGAAUACACUUGGGCCAGCAAAUAUGAGGUCUCAGGUUCCUGGUGGGAUUUCAACAAGAACAGCGUGAGUAGCAUUAGCAGCACUACGGCGACUACUAACAGCAGCGAUAUUCAGAUAGUAGAUUAUGAAGCAGACUGCUUAGAUUAUGAGAUUCUCUGGGAAGACCUAGUAAUUGGAGAACAAGUUGGUCAAGGUUGUUGCGGAACAGUGUAUCAUGCUCUGUGGCAUGGCUCGGACGUGGCAGCUAAAGUAUUCUCCAAGCAGGAAUAUUCAGAAGAAAUGAUAAAUACCUUCAGACAAGAGGUCUCAUUGAUGAAGAAACUGCGACAUCCCAAUAUCAUACUUUUCAUGGGUGCAGUUCUGUCGCAGCAACGACUUUGUAUUGUUACUGAAUUUCUCCCACGGGGGAGUUUGUUUCGGUUGCUCCGAACUAACAUUGGCAAGCUGGAUCCAAGACGAAGAGUUAACAUGGCCAUAGACAUUGCAAGGGGCAUGAACUAUCUUCACAAUUCCAUCCCCACUGUUGUGCACCGUGAUUUGAAAUCGCCAAACCUUCUGGUCGAUAAGAAUUGGAAUGUAAAGGUUGCAGAUUUUGGCCUUUCACGUCUGAAACUCGAAACAUUUCUGACAACAAAAACUGGAAAGGGGACACCACAGUGGAUGGCUCCAGAGAUGCUACGGAGUGAACCUUCAAAUGAAAAGUCUGAUGUAUUCAGUUAUGGAGUGGUCCUGUGGGAGCUUGUUACUCAGAGGAUUCCCUGGGAUACUCACAAUACAAUGCAGGUCAUCGGAGCCGUAGGCUUUAUGGAUUACAGAUUGGAAAUUCCAAGGGAUGUGGAUCCUCAGUGGGCAUCGAUGAUCCAGAGUUGCUGGGACAGUGACCCACAACUCCGCCCUUCGUUCCAAGAACUCCUUGAGAGGCUCCGGGAGCUGCAAAAGCAGUACAACGUUCAGGCGCAGACCGAGUGGAAAGAGGCUGGGAAAGUUGCUGGAAAUAUGAGCGUGAAACAAAGCUAGCUUCGUGUUUUAAUAGUGAUCGAUUAUGCCUGCAGCCCUGGGCUAAUUUAUCCGAGGCGAGCUCAGAAAGGUUCGAGGAUGUGUUCCAUGUUGUUUCCAAGAGGGACUGCCAGAGAGGUUGGUGCAUAGCUUCUCAAAUUGCAACCUUGAAAGGAGGCUAGAGGACGCUGGCGAUAUGGCAUAGACUUCCCGUAGUUUCAGAACAGAUAUGAUUGGUCCAACUGCUCAAUCAUUAAUUCAUUAUACACGUGGAAUGUGUUUUAGCAUUUUAUUGAUGCAUGGUUUAAAUUUCA